CUAAGAUGGCCGCAGGUCGGCUGGCUUUGGGAACAGCUGCAGCUUUGGCUGGGCUGCACCGGCGAUUUUGUAACAUAAAGCUAAAUACGAACGACAUUAGGAAGCAAUCUCUGCAUCAAUAUGUACAAAGACAGUUUCUGCCUCCAUUCACAGCAUUAUAUAACGCAGUGCGAUGCAUGUUUAUUCAAACACAGGAUACCCCCAACCCGAACAGUUUGAAGUUUAUUCCAGGAACAGUGCUUGGAUCACAGACCAUGGAUUUUCCUACACCAGCUACAGCAUUCCGCUCCCCUUUGGCUAGGCAAUUAUUCAGGAUUGAAGGGGUGAAAAGUGUCUUCUUAGGACCAGAUUUCAUCACAGUCACAAAGGAAAGUGAAGAUUUAGAUUGGAACUUACUGAAACCAGAUAUUUAUGCAACAAUAAUGGAUUUCUUUGCAUCUGGUUUACCCAUACUUACUGAAGAAACACCUUCCUCAGAAACAGCAACUGAAGAGGAUGAUGAAGUUGUAACAAUGAUUAAAGAACUGUUGGAUAUGAGGAAAAGGCCAACUGUGCAGGAGGAUGGGGGUGACGUGAUCUACAAAGGCUUUGAAGAUGGCAUUCUGCAGCUGAAACUGCAGGGUUCCUGUACCAGCUGCCCAAGCUCUAUCAUCACUUUGAAAAAUGGAAUCCAAAACAUGCUUCAGUUUUAUAUUCCAGAAGUAGAAGGUGUGGAGCAGGUUGUGGAUGAUGAACUAGAAGAGAAAGAUGCAAACUCACCUUGAAACCCUGUAAUUUCCUUGAGGUGAAUGGCAUGGACUGUUGAAGAAAUUUGAGGAUGAAUAAAAGAUGUCAUUCUUCAAACAAACAAACAAAAA